GAGGUUACGCGUCAAAAGUCAAAGUCAAAAUCAUCUGAUUUCCAUCUAAAAAAUAAACUUUUUGAGGCUCGUUUUGGACUCUGAGGGGCCAUGGAUAAGCUCACCCUGAUAUCGGGCACCCUAUUCCUAACCGCGGACAUUUUCGCGAUAGUCAGCCUGGCCAGACCGGACUGGAUCGUAACGGAUGUGGGAGGGGAGACCAGGAUGGGACUGAUGUGGACCUGCAUGACCCUCUACAAUCGCCCCCAGGUGUGUUUCACGCCAGACUUGCAGCCCGAGUGGCUGUUGGCCCUCGUCUGUAUCUUUGUCGGCUGCAUUUGCAUCACCACGACCAUCAUCCUGUUGGCUUCGUCCCAUUGGGACCGAAACGUCGUGCCUUAUGCCCGUUGGGUGGGGUUCACUGCCAUGGUGCUGUUCUGUUUGGCCGCCGUGAUAUUCCCCAUGGGGUUCCACGUGGACGAGAUCGGGGGACAACCGUAUCAGCUCCCCAACAGCCACCAGGUGGGGAUUUCUUAUAUUCUGUUCGUCGGGGCUCUUUGGAUUACGGUUAUAUCUGAAUUGUUUGCGGGCAAAGUGUGUUUGCCCCAUUUUUAAUCAAUAAAAACUAUUUAAGUGUAAAAA